UUCACCAUAGGAGAUUGCUUUCGAUUGUCACACCCUCUAAGAAAAAAAAAUCGGAAAAUCAGCUGGAGAUUGAUUUAAAUAAAUAAAUUGAAAUCAUCUCUUUAGUAAAGAAAAGGGAAGGUUUCAGGAAAAAUGUCGCAAGUUCAAUUCCUAGAUAAAUUACUCCAUGAAUAUUUAAUAUUUCGUGGUUUCUCAAACACUAUUAAAGCAUUGGAUAAUGAGCAACGCAACGAAAAGGAUCAAUCUUUUCGUGCUGAGAAAAUCAUGGAACAAUUUAAUUACAGUAUCAACCACAAUGAUUUGCAAGGAGUACUGACCCUAUGGAAUCACCUGGAAGCAAAUUUGUUUAGCAAGUUGGAGCACAACUAUGCUAUGGCUGUAAAGAAACUGGAAAAUAGCUUAUUGAAGCUGUAUUUAAUCACUGCCCACAAUCACAAUAAGACUGAUAAAAUAUCAGAGUUUUUCACCAGACUGGCAUCAGAAUUGCAGCAGCAGAGUGAAUGGAAAGAGUGGUUUUAUUUUCCUUUUUGUCGCAAUCCAGAGGAAUCUCAACCUUUCUCAUUAUAUUUUAAGAAAGAAUGGCAAGAUACCUUUCAAUUAUCCCUGAGAAACUUUUUAGCCACAAUUUAUCAAUGCAUGCCUCAACCAACAUUUGUUCGAGUAGAGCAGGAAGCGGCGCUUAUAAGGCGUCUGCAAGAAGAGAAUGCUUUGUUGAAAUCUCGUCUUCAGCAGCAGCAACAGCAAUUGUCCGCUUCCCAGAGUUCCCAAAAUCUAAACUGCGCUAAUUCUUCAUCUGCUGGUGGCACAGGAAAUGAUACAAGGCGACGAGCCUCAUACCGACAACAGCAAAGUUUGAACGAUAUAUUGCCCUUCGAUAUCAGUCCUCCUGGACAUGUUGUUGAUGAUUUUUGUAUAAUUGCUACAGAGGUCAAUAGCGUUACCCAAGCAAGUGAUGCACAAGCACGUGGACUGAAAAUGUUGAUACGCAACAUUGGCUCUAGCGGUUCACCUGUCUUGGGUCGUAAGGACAACGGAGAAAAGUCGGCAAAACGACGUUCGGGUAGCGUAGGACGAAAUUGGAUGUAAUUUUCACAACUCUUGUGAUUUUGAGUAAAGACUCAUUUAGAAUAUUGUAUUCGUAUGCAACCGCAUUUAAUCGUUCCAAAUAUAUAUCAGUUAAUCACUUA